GAAGGUCAGAUUCCUGAAGGUAGUCCCAGAAUGCCCGGAACUUACUCAGAACCUCAAACUCCACCAAAAUCUCAAUAGGAAAGCCGGCAAAUAUCUAGGCAAAUCGAUCGAUCAAUUCACCAAAAGCCGACGAGUAUUCAGGUUUGCUACGACCGAGACGAUGAGUAUUAACCAAACGCCGAUUAGACAGCCUGGUUUCAAUCAUAUUGGACAGGGAAGCAAAACUCUCGUAUGCAUCUUGCUUGAAAUACUGUGUACUUGUCUUCUUCUUGAACGCGUGUUCCUAAACUUUCCUAGAUACUCAGUGACUAUCAUUCAAAGAAACUGCAAGAUCUUUUGCCGUGUGGCUAAAGUAGCCACCAAGCAUUCUGAUGCGUCAGAAAAUGCAUUUUUUCGCAAUGCAUUUCAUUCAAUAAUUAAACAAAACUCGCGUUUACGUAAUCUUGGUAAAGGAGUUGGAAACGCACUUCUCAUGCGGCUGUUGAGAACACUUCGAUA